CCCUACUACAUAAUUGCCUUCCUUCGACUGGGGACUGUACCCCAUUGAAUUGCAUUGCGCGCAUUACAUCCACCGGGUAUUUCUAGCUACCGCAACUAGCACUCUAUAGGGGCUUCGGAAACAAGCCAUAAUGGGCCAAGAAAGUUCCCCUCCAAUUCCGGAGGGCAUUUGCUCUCUUCUUGAUACUGAUUUGUACAAGUUGACAAUGCAAUGUGCCGUUCUGAAGUACUUCCCUGAUGUUAACGUGACGUAUGGGUUCACGAACCGUACUCCACACAUGAAGUUAACGCGCGGGGCCCACAAAUGGCUUCUGAAGCAAAUGGACAGACUUGCGAACAUUCGAAUCACGGAAGAAGAGAUUAAAUUCUUGAGGACUCGAUGUCCAUACUUCAACGAUGCUUACCUGGAUUUCCUGACCACGUUCAAGCUCAAGCCUUCAGAACAGAUCGAAAUCAAGUUUUCACCCGUGAAUGAUACCGGCAGCGACAGUGACACGGGUGAUGUCGAGUAUUUGGUCAAGGGUCUCUGGGUUGACACGAUUCUGUACGAGAUCCCGCUGUUAGCGUUGACGAGCGAGGCGUACUUUAUGUUCAGCGAUAAGGACUGGGAUUAUAGUUGCCAAGAGGAGAAGGCAUAUCGGAAAGGAUGCACGCUGCUUGAGAAUGGUUGCAUCUUCUCCGAGUUCGGAUCGAGACGACGCCGUGAUUACCAUACUCAUGACCUGGUGAUGACUGGGCUGAUGAAGGCUGCUGAAGAGGGAAAACGACAAGGGUGGAAGGGUAAAUUCACAGGGUCAAGCAAUGUUCACUUUGCUAUGAAAUAUGGUGUCGACCCUGUCGGCACCGUGGCGCAUGAAUGGUACAUGACCAUUGCUGCCUUUACGGAUGAUUACGAGAAUGCCAACGAGUUGGCCCUGCGGUACUGGCUUGGCUGUUUUGGAAAAGGAGUUCUGGGUAUCGCCUUGACGGACACAUUCGGUACCCCCGCUUUUCUUGAUGCAUUCCGGAAGCCGAUUCCUGCAUUUACCUCCGCAGGAGUUGGUGCAGUCAGCACAUCGGCAUCUGGACCUGCCACAACUAGCGAGUCGACAGUUCAAAGCGAGGCGGACACCAAGGCCCCGAUCACCGCACCACUUCAUGACGGUGGAGCUCAGAUCUCCAAAGAAACAUAUGCUCAAGCCUAUACCGGUGUGCGUCAGGACUCCGGUGAUCCUGUAUACUUCGUGAAGAUGGUGCGGGACUUCUACGACAAGGAAGGCGUCACAGACAAGAAGACCAUGGUAUUCUCUGACUCUCUCAACAUCGAGCAUUGUCUUGAGUAUAAGGUUAUUGCGGAGGAAGCUGGAUUCCAACCUGUCUUUGGUGUUGGCACAUUCUUUACCAACGACUUUACGAAUAAAUCAAAUGAUGAAAAGUCCAAGCCGCUCAAUAUUGUCAUCAAGAUCUCUACAGCAAAUGGUCGCCCGGCUGUCAAGCUCAGUGACAACAUGGGCAAGAAUACGGGAGACAAACAGAAAGUCCAGGAAGUGAAGAAGAAGCUCGGCUAUGUCGAACAUGAAUGGGAAGAAGGCGACGAGAGCAACCGUUGGUCCAAGCGCUAGUCGCCUAGACGCUAAGACUGGAGUGCCGAAUAGAGGAUGGUCACUAGCUAUAAUGUCUUUUCCAUAGAGAUACUCUACCUAGACGGAGGGCUGUUAUACAACUAUGAACUCAAGUUAAAAGGGAACAGGAAUUUUUAUCUUGGUUGGGUGGAUUUUGUGCUGAAUGAAUUAAACGCAUCGCUCGCUUCUGCAUUGAAGACAGGGUAUCACAGAUGAAUAAUCACGACUAUAUGAGAACAGCAUGAUGAGACUUUGCAAAGCUGGAC